UCCGGGACAACGGCAGUGUCAUAACUUUAGUGUCCAGUGCAGUGCUUCAUUCUUCUUUCGCCAGGAGAUCAGAUUGGUUCGUUGUUCUUCGCUAGUUCUGGCAGUUAGAUUCCAGAGAAUUUUUGAGAGAAGAAAGAAACAGUUUUAACAAAGAUGAAACUUCUAAUUGGACUUGUUCUAGUCGCCACGGCCUUUUCAUACCCCCUGGGUGAAUCAGAAGAAAAGCCCCACGAUCCCCUAGUCAUCUCCGACUCCUAUUCUUCAGUUUCCAAAUCCGAAGAAGCCAAGCACGAACUCACAAAGACCCUCCAGCACGACGCAAGCUCAGACAGCUCGAGCUCCAGCUCAGAAGAAUCGUCGGAAAGUGGAGAAGCCAAGCCUUCCGAAGCACCGGCAGCUAUUUCUGAAGAAACCCCCGAAAAACCGGCGCUUGAUCAACCCCAAGCCGGUAUCGCUCUAAAGGAGUCUCAUUCUGACCCCGCUCACGCUUCUGAGGCUAUUCCGGCGGCUCAGGAACCUCAAUUGAAGACAGGAGGAGAGAUUAAACCAGCCGAACCUGCACCAAUUGAAGAAAAAAAGCCUGAGGAAGCUUUACCGACUCUUAAGAAAGUAGAAAGUGAAGUAUCUCCUCAGAUCAAGGCUGCUGAACCGGAGAAACAUAUUGAACAGCCCCAACAGGAACCGAUCAAAGCUGAAGAAGCUCCUCUGGUUAAAUCCCACAUCGAGGAACACAUUGAAGAGAAACCUUUAGCUCUACCAACCCACACCGAAGAACACCACGAAACCAAAACAGCCGCUGCUUCGGAAAUUCAAGAAGAUAUUAUUGCACUACCCAGCGAACAAAAAGUCGAGGUUCCAGCUGCAGUAGAAGAGAAAAUCCCUGAACUGAAAACCACAGCUAUCGAGCCAGAAAAAAUCGAACAACCCAUCGAAAAAAAGGCUAAAUCUGAAGAAGGAAGUGCCCAGGACAAUGCAGUACAUGACAGCGUAGUUCCUCACGCUCCUGAAGUAGUUCCUUCCGAAGUUCAUCAUCCAAUCCAAGAAGAUUCAGUGUCUCAAGACUCUCCAGCUUCAGAAGCACCUCAGCAGACGACGGAGGAACCUCAGCAAGCAUCUGAGCAACCUUCUGAACAGCCUCAGGCUGCUUCUGAACAACCACAAGCCAUCGCUGACCAGGUAGCGUCAGAUGCCAGGCCUCACGAAGAGGAGAAGCCUUUCGAGAAGCAACCCGAGGGUAAAUCUGCCGUUGCUGUACCUGAAUCGUCAAAACCUUCUCAUGAUGAUGCAGUAUCUCACGUAGCUGAGGAAAUCAAACCAGAACAUGCUGUAGUUGAAGAACACAAAGCUACAGAGAACGCAGCUAGUUCCUGAUCGGUUGCUGACUAGUGUGAAAGAUUUAAUGACUGAUUUAAUAAUGUAAUUCUACGGAAGUUCGCUUGCCCGAUCCGUUCCAUAACUGUCACUUAAUUAUUUUUUAUUCUCUUCGGAACGCUUUGAGGCAACCAAACACCGCGGUGCUCAAUAUUUUAGAAGAAUCGAAUUUAAGAUUUUUUUUGUCGCAAUGUAAAGAAUGUGUUUUUUUUUUGUUUUACGUUUUAUUUUUAUUUGUAUUAUUGUUUGUUUUUUGCUCGUGUGUCUCUCGGAAGAGGGGCAUGUCAAAAAGGCGAAUGUAUUUUUGUUACAGUAAC